CUUCCCCGUGCGUCACUGAGCGCGUGAAGUUGCUCUGCGCUGUUUCCACACAAGAUGAAAAGUUCGUUCAGUCUCUCUGAUGGAUCGCAAAAGUUAACGAACAAUCCGAAAGUGUCCGGCGAACUUUGUGAAUGAUUCGCACCUCAUCUCUGCUGUUCUCUCUUGAUAAAGUCUCUUCACGAGAACUUUAAUGGAUGUUCGCGAGAUGCGUUUCACUUUCCUGCGCAGAAAAACUUUCCAGUGAUCAAAGUGAUUCGGUCGUGUUUGGAGAUUCGACUCACCCCGGCAGAACUCGAACUGUUAAGAAUGGAGGCCGAUGUGCCCACAGCCGCAGAGAAGAAAGACUGUAAGACGUCCGUUCUCAAUGGAAAUGGCUUCAGUGAGCUGCCCAAAAAACCCUCCUCAUCAUCCCUUUCUAGAGGCCCCCAUCAUAUAUUCCCAACUUUCCAUUCGCCGAUCCCCAUCGAUGUGCGUCACCACGAGGGAAGAUACCACUACGAACCCCACGCUCUCCAUGCCUUACACGGGCCUCCAGGGUUAGCGGGAAGUCCAGUGCUUUCGGACAUCUCUCUCAUCCGUCUGUCUCCGGGGGGUGGCGGAGAGACCACCUUCCUCCCGCCUCACUCUUACGUCUCGCCUCAUAUGGAGCAUUACCUGCGCUCGGCACAUGGCAGUCCCACACUCUCCAUGAUCUCGGCCGCUCGUGGAUUGAGUCCAGCUGACGUGGCUCAUGAGCAUCUGAAGGAGCGAGGGCUGUUUGGUUUGCCCCCUCCUCCUCCCGGUGCGACCCCAGCGGAGUAUUACCACCUCCUGACCGGACACAUGAACCCGUACGGGGAGCUGUUCAUGCAGGGCGCAGGGGCGGCUGCAGCUCACCUGCCUGACUACUUCACACCUGUGGACGUGUCUCGGUUCCCUAGUCCUCGUUUGACACCCCGGUUGAGUCGGAAGCGAGCGCUGUCCAUCUCUCCUCUCUCAGAUGCCAGUAUCGACCUUCAGACUAUGAUCCGCACCUCGCCCAAUUCUCUGGUGGCCUACAUCAAUAACUCCCGAUCCAGUUCAGCCGCUAGCAGCUCAUACGGACACUUGUCUGUUGGAGGCAUCAGUCCGUCUUUUCCCUUCCAUCCCUCCAUUAAUCCAGUGGCGUAUCAGCAGCUGUUGUCUCAGCAGAGAGGUCUCAGUGCGUUCUGUCCCACGCCGCCACUCAUACAACCAUCACCAACAUUCUCCACCAGACAGCACGGCAUCAACAUCUCCAGCCUCACCUCACCCACCACCAAUGACACUGAGACCAAGAACAUGAGUGGUGACUCUGCGGUAAGCAGCACCAUGAACCCCCUGAACAACAAGAGGUCAAAGUUCAAGAAUGAAUUGGAUGAGCCACGACCAGCAUCGCCAUGCUCUCCGGAUCAUCUGGGCGGUGCACUGGACCUGAAGGAAGACCUGGACGACUGCAAACAGGAAGCAGAGGUUGUGUACGAGACAAACUGCCACUGGGAGGGCUGCAGCAAAGAGUACGACACACAAGAGCAGCUGGUGCAUCACAUCAAUAACGAACACAUCCACGGGGAGAAGAAGGAGUUCGUGUGCCGCUGGGACGAGUGCUCGCGUGAACAGAAGCCGUUUAAAGCGCAGUAUAUGCUGGUGGUGCACAUGCGCAGACACACGGGGGAGAAACCGCACAAAUGCACUUUUGAGGGCUGCUCUAAAGCAUACUCACGUCUGGAGAAUCUGAAGACACACUUGCGUUCACACACCGGAGAGAAACCCUACGUGUGCGAACAUGAGGGAUGCAACAAGGCCUUCUCAAACGCCUCGGAUCGAGCCAAACACCAGAACCGCACACACUCCAAUGAGAAACCCUAUGUGUGUAAGAUUCCCGGCUGUACGAAGCGCUACACCGAUCCCAGCUCGCUACGGAAACACGUCAAAACCGUCCACGGGCCCGAGGCGCACGUCACCAAGAAACAGCGUGGCGAGCUGCCAUCACGACCUCACCAGCCCAAGGAAAAUGUCGAUUACGAGUCGGGAACCAAGCUGUCUGUCCAGACGGUGGAGGAGAAACUCGAAGCCAACAGCACAACUAGAGGCGUGGAGGACUAUCUGCAGGUCAAGUCAAUAAAGACUGAGAAGUCUAUGAUGUAUCAGUCCAGCCCUGGUGGUCAGUCAUCAUGUAGCAGCAAGCCAUCACCACUUGGCAGUGCCAGCUACCAUGAUGGUGGAGUAGAGCUGAUGGGACUUAGCGGGGGCAGCAUGGGAGAUCUGAGCGCCCUGGACGACAUGCCCCUCAUGGACUCUACCGUCUCCACGGGAUUGUUGGGCCUCCACCGUCACAAGAAUGCCAGCUCUGCACACAAACUCACACACUUGAAGCAGGAAAAGCUAAAGUCAGUGAGGGACUCGUGCUUCUGGGCAAACCCAGCUCCUCCUGCCCCCAGCACCAAACUACCACCCAUCAGUACCAGUUCUUUGUUGGAAAGUUCUGGCAGACUCUGUGAUCCGGGGCUCUCCAGCCCACGCCUGGGUGACCUUUGCCCUGGUAAGACUAUGAUUCUGAGUCAGCUGGUAGAGCGUCGGGACAGCCUGGCCAGCACAGUGAGCUCGGCCUACACUCUCAGCCGACGUUCCUCCGGUAUCUCCCCCUGCUAUUCCAGCCGUCGUUCCAGCCAAACCUCUCAACCUGGCGGUCGCAUUUACAACAUAAGCUCAGCCGGAUCCUACGACCCCAUCUCCACAGACCUAUCCAGAAGAUCCAGUGAGGCCAGCCAAUGUGGAGGACUCCCCAGCCUGCUCAGUCUCACUCCUGCCCAACACUACAGACUCAAAGCCAAGUAUGCUGCUGCCACAGGGGGUGCUCCACCAACCCCUCUACCCAAUAUGGACCGCAUGAGCCUGAAGACUCGCAUGGCCUUGUUUGGGGACUCCCAUGAAAUUACCUUGUUCCCAGUCCAUCCACCCACAGUUCCAAGGAGGUGUAGUGACACCAGCUAUGCUAAUGGUAGCGUUUUGCCCCAUGAGGUACCAGGCAACAUCACACGAAGGGCAAGUGACCCAAUUCGAAGAGUGGGCAUAGAGCACCAUUCUCUCCAUCAAGGGCAGCGUUUCAACAGCAUGAAUAAUGUCAACCACUACUCUAGCCAACAUGUCAACCUACAUCAACUUGAGGGUAACGUAAACUGCCACCUGUAUCCACCCCGGCCUCCUAGCAUUUCAGAGAAUAUUGCGAUGGAAACCCUGGCAAGUGACAUGGACAAUCAGAACACUGGUCUUGAUGAUGCCAUCAUGUUACCAGAUGAUGUUGUUCAGUACCUCACAUCUCAGAAUGGAGGCUCCACCCAACAUACAGCGACAGCACACCGUGUGCAGGGCAUCCAUGGCUUCAGCUCUCCACAGCAACAGCAGUGCCAUUACCAAAGUGCGCCGGCCUUGGUGGAGGGCAGCAUGAAUAGCGUAACGCAACAAACAGCAGCUUCCUGUCAGAUGAGUCCAAGCUCUCAGCAGACAUUCCCAGGCUCCCCCAAUGCCAUCAAGAGCCAGAUGCCAGUGCAGUGGAACGAGGUCAGUUCAGGGACAGUGGAUUCGACUCACUGUCAGACCAAGCAGGGAAACAUCAGCACAAUCCAUCAAAAACAAAACCUCAGCCCUUCUCAGAACCUCAGUUCCAACCAGCAAGUUGGGCUAAUGAGUCAGAACCUCACUCAAGCUGCCCAACAGAAUCACGUGCAAAGGAAUAGCGCAUUUAUUUCCCAGAAAAUGACCUGUGGGCCAACUCAAAGGCAAUCACUGCAUCAGACUGACUUUCUGCACAGGUACCAUCAGGGCUCUGCUUCAAGUGACAUAAGUGGAAAUAACAACCAACUCCAGUCUCACAGAAACAUGAUAGGGCUCAGUGUAGGUUUGCCGAGCCCAUCUGGUAAAACACUGAUGGCACAGCCUGCCAGCGAACAGAAUAACAGGGUGCAAGAUGAGCCAGUGACAAGUCAAAACCAUGCUACUUUUCAGAAUAAUCAGGAAAAUUAUUCCCAGUUGAACAUCAACCAGCAAGGCUAUGGCAUUCCAGCCCAGAAUCCCAUGCUGAACAGAAACCAUGGGAAUCUACAGCCAAGACCGCCCACAGAACCCAAGCCUUACAGCCGGCAAAUCACAGGGCCAAUGUCAACUGCAACGCAGCAACUUGGUUACCCACAAUCCAACUGUAACCCAGCAUAUGACACCUCAGAACCAAGACCAAAAAAAUCAGGCAAUGUGGGUGUUAACAGCUCAGAUACCAACACCAUGUUCUACACUGGUCAGAUUCACAUGUUCGAUUCCAACAGUCUAGCAAUGGUGGACACAGUGCAGCAUGGGACAGAUAGCAUAGCCAUGGCUGCAUUAGGCUCCCCUGAAUCAAAUCAGGUCUCCAGCACGGUGGAUUCAAAUGGAGCAGAGCAUCUGCAGAUUGACUUUGACGCCAUGCUGGAUGACGGCGAUCACGCCAGCCUCAUAUCAGGAACUUUAAGUCCCACCCUCCUCCGCAGCUUUUCCCAGAAUUCCUCCCGCCUCACCACACCCAGGAACUCCGUGACAUUGCCCCCGGUGGCUGCGGGAAUCGGCAACAUGGCCAUCGGAGACAUGAGUUCCAUGCUUACUGCACUCGCAGAGGAGAGCAAGUUCCUCAAUAUGAUGUCAUAGGAAAAACAGGAAGUAAUAUUUAAAGAGACAGAGUGAGACCUAUGUGACUUUGAACGCAAUAUAACCGAAUAUUGUAUAAAACAACAUUUAAAAUCCUUUUAAAAAGUGUAUUAUUCUGUACAGUAUUAGUUAAGACUUUGGUAGUGUCUUUUGUUGGCUUUUGUUUGUUCAAGAAGCCAUACUUUGCCUUAGAAAAGUGUAUACAGUGCAUAUGUAAACAGAGAAUUUGAAAAGUGGCAGUCCAGUAUUUUUAUAUAUCCUUUGAAGUGACAAAAUGAAAACAGGAAAAGUGCCUCGGUGUGCACAAGCAUAUGGAGGAAUAACAUUACACUAGAACAGAACGGGACUUUAUCAUUUCUGUCGUCUUCAAGGGAUACGAAGAGGUUUUGUAUAUUCUGUAAAUUAUUGUACUUUCUAUCAUGUUUGUAUCAGACAUAAGAGAAGCUCCAAAUUAUUGAUACCACAGAUGGAGUAUUAUAAAAUGCUUUUUUUGGUUUAUGGAGGACCAGAAUGGGAUCAUAAAGGAACAUAACAGCGCUCUAAAGAGAUGUACUAAAGAGAUUAUGACUCUCAUGUCUGAACCGGGCUCAAUCUGAGCGAAACACAGAACUGAUUAUCAAAAAACAUAUGCGUAGGCUGUCCCGAUGUACACAGACUCCUUUUACAAGG